CAUCUUGCCUUGAUUAUGGUCAGGUGAGCUCACAGAAGGCCGGGCCUUAUUGGGUGUAGACCCCUCAUGCGUGAUCGUUUUCCCUAACGUUACUGGGACGAACCUCUAUCAUGUCCAGUUCCCAAUUCCCAGCUCAGUCUGCGUCUCCUCUCGGUAAACUCGGUAUCGAGGCUGCCCUCGAGGCUGCUGCAGACCCAUCCAUCACACCAAAGCCCAAGAUCUUCGAUGAGUUCGCGCUAACCGACCGCGUUGGGCUUGUCUCCGACGGAAAUAGGGGCCUUGGCUUGGAGAUGGCUCUUGCAUGUUGCGAGGCUGGUGCACGUGUCGUAUACUGCUUCGAUCUUCCAGAAAAGCCAUCAGAUGAAUGGAUCGCAAGCAGAGAUUACGUAGCGAAGCUAGGGAAUAACUCGCGGCUGGAGUAUUUCAGCGCGAACGUCACUGAGCAGCAGGCGCUUUGGAAAAAGACAGAGGAGAUUGGUGAUAAAGAGGGAAGAAUGGACUUUUGCAUCGCUGCGGCUGGUAUUCUCAGGUCACACAUAGACUGCCUGGAAUACCCGGCAGAGGAGUACAGAGAGGUCCUGGAUGUCAACGCCAGUGGUGUCCUCUUCACUGCGCAGGCUGCUGGCAGACAGAUGUCGCGAUUCGGACGCGGUGGCAGUAUCAUUCUUAUCGCAUCAAUGUCAGGCAGUAUCACUAACAGGGGCCACGCCUGGGUAUCGUACAACAGCUCCAAAUCAGCUGUCCUGCAGAUGGCUCGUAGCACGGCUUGCGAGCUUGGCGAAAAGAAGAUUCGCGUCAACUCGUUGUCUCCAGGAUAUAUCCACACCAGUGUGACUGCAGCGUAUCUGGACAAACAACCGCACCUUUUCAAUGUUUGGUCUAGUAUGAACCCUCUGGGUCGACUCGGACGCCCUGACGAGUUGCGCGGUGUAGUGACGUGGUUGGCAUCUGAUGCAUCGACGUUCUGUACGGGUAGCGAUAUUAUCGUCAGCGGUGGUCAUCACUCCUGGUAAUGGAGCACUCGAAGGGCUUGCUUGUAGGAGGCUUGUUGGCAUGUAUGAUUAUUGUAUUUGUUAUAUUGGUCUGAGGAAGAGCCAGGAUGCCGUGGACUCUCUAUUGCUCCCUAU